AAGCUGUAUGGUGUGUCAACUGACCUCACAUAAUUUAAGGAGUUCAUAUUGAAAUUCUUCUAGUUCUAAUAUAACAGAUCCGUUUAAUUUAAAUUAUAAUCGAGUUGUCGCUGAAUGUUACCCAGAAGGUCAUAAACAAUUAAAAUAGCAGAAAUUAAUAAAUAGUAGUACCGAAAUAAAAUUUUGAAUUUGGAACACUUUCUAUGGACAUGGCUUUGAUGUAUUUAAUUUUUAGAGUACGUUGGCAGCACCACCGUCUUAUCUUUUUACAAAAGAGAUAAGAGCAAUAACAUAACAAAUGCACAUGACUAAAAUGUUCUUCACAUUUAUUGUUUACUAACAUAAUCGAUUAAAGGUAAUUGAGCAUUGUAAUUGAAAUUUAAAGUUUUAGAUAAUUCAAAUUUAAAAAAAAUAAAUUAUGAUUUAUGAAGGCUGCAGUAAUUUUCGUAUAAGAAUAAUAUUAUCACUUUUAAGUGGUAAACCAGUUAAAAUAAAAAAUAUUCGAUCACAGGAAAAUGAACCAGGGCUUAAAGAAUUUGAAGUUAAUUUCUUGCGUUUGGUCGAUAAAUUAACGAAUGGUACCAAUUUGGAUGUUAAUGAAACGGGUACUGACUUAUAUUUUCAACCCGGUUUACUUAUAGGUGGUAUAGUAGAUCAUGAAUGUUGUAAAUUGCGCGGCAUAGGGUAUUAUUUGGAAUUAAUUAUCAUGAUUGCACCAUAUUGUAAAAAAGGACUUCAAAUAACACUUAAAGGAGUUACUAAUAAUCAAAAAGAUCCAUCAGUGGAUGCUUUUAAGGCUGGAGCAUUACCAAUUUUACAAAGGAUAUUGUUAUUAGCUACUGAUGCCACUAUGGAAAUUAAAAAACGAGGUAUGGAACCAGAUGGUGGGGGAGAAAUAUAUUUUUCUUGUGAGCCGGUUAAAUAUACUAAACCAAUUCAACUAACUGAUUUUGGAAAAAUAAAAAAAAUAAGAGGAACAGUUUUUUCAUUAAGAGUAUCACCAUCCAUUUCUAACCGUAUGGUAGAAAAAGCUAAAGCUGUUAUGCUUAAAUUUAUUCCCGAUGUAUAUUUUACGGUUGAUCAUCCUAAAGGCAAACUUUGCGGAAAAUCACCGGGUUUUGGUGCAAAUAUUAUUGCAUUAACAACUACUGGCGUAAUGUUAACUGCUGACAGUGUAUCAUUACCAUUCACUGGUCAAAGAACAACAGCCGAAGAGGUAGCAGAUAGUGUAGCAUCGGCUAUUUUAGAAGAGAUUUGGCGUGGAGGUUGUGUAGAUUCAUCUUUCCAAUCGAUAGUCCUUCUCUACAUGGCUCUUAGACAAAAAGAUGUAUCUCAUGUCUUGUUGGGACCGUUAUCACCAUAUACAAUACAAUUUUUAAGGCAUUUAAAAGAAUUCUUUGGUAUUUCAUUUAAAUUAGAACCUUACAUUGAUUCUGAAAAUGAAGAUUUACGCCAAGGCUAUGAUUCCAAAAUUUUAGUAACUGGAGUUGGUAUUGGUUAUAACAAACUUGUUUAAUAUAGUUAUGAAAUAUUUUAUUGUUAUAUAAUGUAUAAUUCAAACUCCACUUGAAGAAGUUGACUGGUUUCUUUUUUUUUUUUACUAAACUUUU